AUGGCAGCCCUAGAAAACCGACAGAGUGGUUGCUUGGGGCUGCAGCUGCAACAGGAGAGUGGCCUUGUUCACCUGUGGGGCAGCUCCUGGCGCAAGGCCAUCUGUCUUGUCUGUGUUCAACCGGUGUUCCCACGGAUCCUCCCCUUCAGGUCAAACAAGGACCAGCCAAGCCCUGCGCUUGACGUCAUGCGGCUGACUGAAUUAUCUUCUUGUUCCACAGACGAGGUUGAGUGCUUCUCAGAUUACAUGGUCCUGUGGAUACCCAGAAGCCACGUGGAGGGUUUGAGGCAGUGGCUGAGCAGAAUCCUGCACUUGCCAGGGACCCAGAGGAACCCCAACCACCUGGAUUCUUUUCUUGCCAUGGGCUGCUUCCUGCAUCCGGAUCCCAAUGGGGACUUCAUUUUUCGAGUCCUAUGCUUGGCUUGCUUCCUGCAGAAGGAGGUGGCAAAUUACAGGUUAGAAAUCAGAAUAUUUCAAAGAGGGGUGAAAAGGUUGGAGCAGAGUGACUGCUAUAUAAUGAAGUGUCCAGUGACAAUGUCCAGGCUGGGCCAAGAUAGCGUCCACUGUGGGCCCAUUGUUUUGCAGGUCUCCCUGCCCCUGCCCCUGGGAAGCACCAGAGGACAGACCCCAUGGCUGCUGUCCCUUCGAGGGGAGCUGGUUGCCUCUCUGGAAGAUGCCAGCCUGAUGGGAUCAUACGUGGACAUCAAUACCAUCAUCGUCACCGUCCUAAGCCCAAGGCAAGACCGUCUUCAGAGGCGGGAGGUGCUGAACACUCUGCGGAGCUCCCUCCACUGGCUGGUGAGUGGCUGCUCUGCCUGCUCUUUAGAAGCCGCUUGCCCACCGUUGUUAUCCCAGCCAGAGUCGGAGGUCUUAAUUCACAUCCCCGAGCAGACUGGUCUGGUCAAAAGAGGUUCCCACUUGGAGGAAGCCCUGAGACUAAAGUUCCUUUCAGUUCACCAGUCCAGCAUCUUCACAGUGACUGAAAACAGGGACUCUGCGGUGGUCAGUGUCCCAGCGGCUGAAAUACUCCUGGCCCAGCAAUACCAGGAGGCCCAAGGAGCCCCGGGAACGCAGGCUUUCUAUAGGAUGGCCCUGAGCCUGGAAGGCGCUGAAAUGGCAGCUCCAUCCUCUUCUUCCGGAGCUUCCCCUUCUGGGCCUGACAGGUCCCACACGCAACCUGGGGACAUGCAUGGCCCUUCCAGCAGAGUGUCGGAGGAUUUUGCUUCCUCAGGAGGAGGGCUGACCUCUGCUUCCUUUCUGGAAGGUUCAGGAAGGGAGUUGCCUGCCUUAACUGCCAUGCUGAGGAUGACUCCCUCACCAUCCUUGGGACCGGAGACCUCUCCAGCAGGAAUGCCAUCUGCGGCCUCUUCCCUGUUCCAGACUGCAGGAUCAGCUGCCUUGGGGGCCUCCGGGAACGGCUUUCUCAGAGCUAUGCUCACCAACCUUUCAAUGGACUGGCCGAUGCAAACACCACCCUUCAGCUGCACUGUCCUCAGAGUCCUAGCAGUUGUCCAGGCUAGCCCCGGGUCCCCACAUCCAGUCACCCCAGCCCCCACGGCCCCAACCCUGCAUUUGUCCUCAGAUGUCUCUUCUCCAAGGUCUGAACAGUCCAAAGUGCUCCUGGUCUCAGGGUUGUCGGUCACCCUCACUGACCGUUUAGGAACUAUAAGGCUUGAGCAGGACCCUGUCCAGCCACCAGGAAGUCCCCUCCUGCUGGGAGGGUUGUCAGGUGGUAUGACUGCAACCGAGCCCAUGCAGGGGCCUGGCAAGGCUGGCAAGGAGGUCCUGCCACUGACGAGGCCCUCGAUGACCAGCCUGGCUGAAGAGGCCUCAGGUUCCAGGUGUCCCCCAGAGAGCCCCAGGAAACAUUCUUCAAUGGAGGGUGCGGGGCCACCCCAGAGUGGGCCUGGCCUUCCCGGGAAGGGGGCCAGAGGGCACCUGGACCUGUCAUCCCCAGAACCAGCUCAGGACACGGAGGGCCCAGGACUCGCCCUCCUGCUGGGGAUGCUUGCCACAGUCACUGCCCCAACGGCGAAUACUUCCAAGGUGUGGUGGCAGCAGCCAGACCCCCGUGACCAUCUGAGGGCCUUGGGACCUGAGCCCAUGGGGACAAGCAGGGUGGGUCCAGAAGUCCCCCUGCCAGCUCUUACUGCUGAGCAGCUGCCAGCAGAAAGCAGCCACCUGACAGCCCUUCUGGAGAGCCCUCUGGCCUCCACCUCCAAGAAGCCCACAGCCUCAGCUGUGGGAGGGUCAGCUAGAGCCCGAGGCCCAGAGUCAGCCCCUCGCUGGCCAUGGGAACAGGAUGAGCCGGGGGCUGCACACGCAGCCAGCAAAUGCCCUGGCCGAGCCUGCAGACCCUUGCCCUGCUGGCCAGGAGAUGACCCCCGGCAGGAGCCGACAGAGCCCACGUUAGCAACCAGCCUGGAAAGUCACCGGCCUCCUGAGCUUCAGAAUAGCAUGGAAGGCCUUCAGCCACAGUUUCAACAUCUCUGGGGGGUGGGGUGAUAAGAUCCUAUGAUGUGAGACGCCCCUACCCCAGGGCCCAGGGGGCCAGGACCCCAGGUCUCUAAGGGACCCCAUGGGAGGAGAAUGAGGAACAUUACUGUUUUGUCUUCAUGACUCACCACUCCCUUCCUCUGGUUCCCAUGGCAGCAGCUGGCACCCCGCUGGCCUGGACAGCUCCAGUGACCCCGUUGUCCCCCGGGGACACCAGCGCUCGCAGGAGCCCUGGCUCCAAAGCCCAGCUGUGGCCUGAGCUGGAGCAGCACCUGGUGCUCCCCUGGAAGGAUGGCACCGCCCCCUCCCCUCCAGGCCGGCCCAUCACUGGAAGUGGGAUUUGAAACGCGGCCAAGAGGAGGCCGUCGGCGACGCCCAGAACGCGAAACAAAUAAAUAAAUAAAUAAUCAGGGUUGUCUCGGCUGAUAAACGGUCUCUACCUCGAGGACGACUUCUCCCCCUG